AUGGGGAGGGUAUCGGAGCCGCUGAUGGGGCAAGACAAGGAGAAUGAAAGGAAGGCCAAGAAGCAGACUCUGCCAUUCAUUUUUCUAGUGACGUCGCUUUUCCUUGUCGGGAUUGCCUGUGCCUUCAUGAUCAGUUGGGACCGAUCAUGGUCGGAUAGAAGUAUUGAAGUUUUACAGUCGUUCGAUCCAGACAAUCUCUACAAGUACAACAAGAUUGAAGAUUAUGAUCAUCCAAAUCGCAUCGACAAAUACAACUGCUUGUUUUCUGGGUGUGAUGAAAGCGAGGACAAAGGACUUGUAAGCAAAGUACAAAAGCUUUCCAAGGCGCUCACAAAGCUGAUGAAGAUGCAAGACAAGUUCAAGCAGCAGCUUGACAAGCCGACGAAGUCGAUGAUAGAAGUGGCGCAAGGAGAACCAGGACGACGUGGUCCUCGUGGAUAUCGCGGUGCUGUGGGUCCACAAGGAUAUCCGGGCGACACCGGGCCACAAGGGAGAGCAGGCGUGAUGGGCAACCCUGGACUUCCUGGAGGAAUGGGCCCGAGAGGCCCCCGAGGCAGGGAGUGCCGGGGAUCGAGGGCCCUCCAGGCCCUAGAGGACGGCAAGGCAGGGAGGGACCCGGCGGAAAGACAGGGCCCCCAGGCUAUCAAGGAGAGAACGGCCCUGCUGGUCAGCCAGGCCUGCGAGGGGCUCCAGGUAGCAAUGGCGUCUCCUUGCAAGGACCACCGGGACCCCGGGGAAUCCGUGGAGUGCGAGGGCCGACGGGUCAGGUUGGUCCUAUCGGCAAGCGAGGUCAGCAAGGGCCUCCAGGGUUCAAGUUAUACAGAGAGACUCUUUGGCAUUUCGAACAUUUACGAUCCAACUGCGACAGGAUUUAGACUUUACUUGUACACUCAAACUGGUCACAUCAGUCUCUGGGGUUGGUAUGCAAACGCUUGGCGAUAUAAAGUACGUUGGUGUGGCGUGGGGAAGAGUAACGGUCCUCGAGUUCCAACGGGAUGCUGCGGGACAGACUCAGCAUAUUGGUAUAAUGGAUGGACUUGGGAUAAGACACUAAACGCAAAGGCUUGCGACAUCAGAGGUAGUAAAACCACCUGGAUCACAGCGGUUGAAGGGUUCAGACAGUCUGGCAUCCAAAAGCUAACUGGAAUGAGCGCUGGAACAGUGAAUGGUGCUAGUAGCUACUACGUCGCCAUCUCACUGGCAUAUUCUUCCAAUUCGUAUUGGGGCCAGCCUUGGAAUGUGUACGGAUGGAGCAAUUGGCGACUGCGGAAAGGUCAAUCUGACGCGCUUGAACCUCGUUUCUGCCUCUUUGGAGACUCAUUCCCCACUGGGGACAUGCGACUGCUUCAGCAUGAGAUCAGACAGGACGAGUUUCCAUGUCAGGGAAUGAGGUUGAUAGAGGAGAAUGUCGUCAAGACAAACAAGGCUCAGAUCUGCUGUGGGACUUCCGACAGCACAUGGAAGGUGAUGAAUGGCUACCUGAUGAAGGACGUGGAUACUACCUCUUGCAACUUCGAUGAUUCCAAUGCCAAAGUCAUCUACAUGACCAGUCUUGGAGGGGACAACAACAUUGAAUUGGUAACAGGAGCAGCAGCUUAUUCCAAGAGCAAUAAGAAUGGUUUUACUGUCCACCUUGCUUCUCUUUACAGUAAUCAGCAAAAUUAUGCAAAGCGGUAUAAUUGGAAGAUUGAGUGGUGUGGUAUUGCGUCUCGGCUUGCCCCUGACCUUCUUCCUGCUCUGAUCCUUUGGGGUGCCGCGUACCUGCAGGUCAAAGUGAAGGAGCACCUCGAUGCCCUCAUGCGCGAGCGUCUCAAAGGCCUCGAGCUGCAGGGGGUUACGGUCAAGAGCGCAACAAGAAGCAUCAAGCAGACCUGUGCGUCGCCGAGAGACUGA